GCUAUUUCUUGGUUGCUAAGUUCAGUCAUGAUCGUGCUUUGCACGGCUACAUUUAUGUACCAGGCUGGUUUGCAGGUCAGGAGGUACCGUGAAUACGGCCACCAGUCUAUAGCGACAGAAGUGAAAAGGCGGGAUCUCGUGUUCCCGUCAGUGACGGUCUGCAUCAAUAGUUGGGUCAAUAAACAGUCUGAGGCGUGUCGCCAGACUCCUCAGCUUUGCACCAGGUUUGGCCAGGAGGUGACGUUUGGAAUUUUCCGGGCCCAGUACGAACCAGAAAUGCGCGAACUUGUCGGAUAUAAACCGCAAGAAAUUUUUGAAUGCCGCAUGGAGUCAACAAGCUCCGAGUGCCGGUCGUUCAGCUGCGUUGACCACAUCCGGAUCACAUUUCUACGUUUGCCUAUCAUGCUUUGUUACACCAUAGACAGUACGCUUUACGGAGGCCCUGACAACAUGCUUCAGAAGUGCAGCACGCCUUGGCUAUACGACCUACGCAUUCGCCUGCGCUUCAUCGAGAAGAACACUCUGCGCUUGAUGACCACGCUGCCGUUGCCAGUGUUCGUGCAGCGGCCGAAGCUGUGCCAGCCCGAGAGCAACGCCGCCAUCGCCUUGGUUCCGCAGCAGGGCUAUGACAUCGCCAUUAAGCAGCAAACGAAACGACGUCUGCCGCCUCCUUUCACUUCACGCUGUAAAGACUACAUCAGUGAAGGCGUGAAGGAAGAGUUCUACGGAUUUUCAUCUAAAGAGUCAUGCACUCAGACAUGCUUGAUGAAAAAAGAAAUGGAGCUGUGCAGCUGUCACAUGUCGGAUCACGAAUACUCGGCCACGUUCAAAGGGCGCAUAUGCAACAUAGUUGAAGGAAGUAAGUGA